GGACGAAAGCCCGGCUACUUCUCGUUCCUGGACCCAUUCUCUCCCGCGGUCUGGCUGUUCAUGUUACUUGGCUACCUGGCUGUCAGCUGUGUGCUCUUCCUCGCUGCACGAAUGAGCCCUUACGAGUGGUACAACCCUCACCCGUGCCUGAGGGAGCGAGUGGACAUCCUGGAGAACCAGUACACGCUGGGGAACAGCCUUUGGUUCCCGGUCGGAGGUUUCAUGCAGCAGGGCUCUGAGAUUAUGCCCCGUGCUCUCUCCACGCGCUGCGUCAGCGGAGUCUGGUGGGCCUUUACUCUGAUCAUCAUCUCCUCAUACACAGCGAACCUUGCUGCCUUCCUGACAGUGCAGAGGAUGGAGGUCCCCAUCGAGUCUGCGGAUGAUCUCGCCGAUCAAACCAACAUCGAGUAUGGCACCAUCCACGGAGGAUCCACCAUGACCUUUUUCCAGAAUUCCCGGUACCAGACGUACCAGCGGAUGUGGAACUACAUGUACUCGAAGCAGCCCAGUGUGUUUGUGAAGACCACAGAGGAGGGCAUAGCCCGGGUGUUAAACUCCAAGUACGCCUUCCUGCUGGAGUCCACCAUGAACGAGUACCACCGCAAACGCAACUGUAACCUGACCCAGAUCGGGGGCCUCCUCGACACCAAGGGCUAUGGCAUCGGUAUGCCCCUGGGCUCCCCGUUCCGGGAUGAGAUCACUCUCGCCAUCCUCCAGCUGCAGGAGAAUAAUCGCCUGGAGAUUCUGAAGAGGAAGUGGUGGGAGGGAGGCAAGUGUCCAAAAGAGGAAGACCACAGGGCGAAAGGGUUAGGAAUGGAGAACAUUGGUGGGAUAUUUGUGGUCCUCAUCUGCGGUCUGAUCAUUGCGGUCUUUGUAGCUGUGAUGGAGUUUAUUUGGACGACGCGCCGAUCCGUGGAGUCCGAGGAGGUAUCCAUGUGCCGCCAGAUGUUUACUGAGCUGCGCCAUGCUGUGUCGUGUAAGAAGACGUCCCGUUGGAGACGGAGAAGGCGACCGGCGCGGUCUGGGGGAGUACCUCUAUCCAAGCAGCUGCGAGCUGCCCGGGAGCUGCGGCUCAGUAACGGCAGGCUCUAUCCAGGGCCUACUGGGAGUCUAGGCCUCGAGCCAGGCCUGGGCCCGGGCCUGGGCCCUGGACCACAGCGACUCCUCGAUGACCUGGGCCCUGGGCCGGGCCUAGGCAGGGGCUGCAGCCACAUCCGUAUCUGCCAGGAGUGCCGGAGAAUCCAGGGCCUGAGGACCACGCGGUUGCCCCCGAGUCGGGGCCCAGUACAGGCUGAGGAGCAGCCUCCUGUAUCCGGCCCACCGCCUGAGGCUGGCAACCAGGACUGAGAGGCAGCCCGGCCUGGCCACCGGUGACCGGGAGCUGGCCGGGGGUGGGGAGGGGCCUGGACACCAUGGUCCAGGGUCAGGGCAUAGGUCAGGGCCUAGGGUCAGGGCCUGGGGUCAGGGCCUAGUGUCAGGGCCUAGGGUCAGGGCCUGGGGUCAGGGCCUAGGGUCAGGGCUUAGAGUCAGAGCCUGUGGUCAGGGCCUAGGGUCAGGGCCUAGGGUCAGGGCCAAGGGUCAGAGCCUGGGGUCAGGGCCUAGGGUCAGGGCCUAGGGUCAGAGCCUAGGGUUAGAGCCUAGGGUCAGAGCCUAGGGUCAGAGCCUAGGAUCAGGGCCUGGGGUCAGGGCCUAGGGUCAGGGCUUAGAGUCAGAGCCUGUGGUCAGGGCCUAGGGUCAGGGCCAAGAGUCAGGGCCUGUGGUCAGGGCCUGGGAUUAUGGCUUUGGCCUUGUCCUGCCCUCCCAGAGAGCAGCCUCUUCCUCUGUCUGUGUCUCUGUCUCCCCCUCCCCCCCACCUCGGACACUGCCACCCUCCACCCCUCAGUGACCCUGCCCAGGAACCCACCCCCAUCGUACCCCGGGAUGGGGCGUGUGUGCCUGGCCCCUGACCCCAGCAGCAGCAGCCCUUCCUCCUGUGGGAGUGGGUAUUGGGGGGGUGGGGGGAGGUAAGGAGGGGCGCUGGUGUUCAGUCUGGGGUCAGGGACAGAGCCAGGAGCUGCACAAUGUGGCCAUGGGGGGAGAGAGAGAGACUGGAAAGGAGAGGGGGGAGGGGAGGUCCCACAGCAAAAUGAGAUGGACCGAGAGAGAGAGUGAGAGAGACAGAGAGUGAGAGAGAGACAGAGAGUGAGAGAGACAGAGAGUGAGAGAGAGACAGAGAGUGAGAGAGAGAGAGACAGAGAAACAGAGAGAGACAGAGAGUGAGAGAGAGACAGACAGAGAAACAGAGAGACAGAGAGUGAGAGUGAGAGAGAGAGAGUGAGAGAGACAGAGAGUGAGAGAGAGACAGACAGAGAAACAGAGAGACAGAGAGUGAGAGUGAGAGAGAGAGAGUGAGAGAGAGACAGAGAGUGAGAGAGAGUGUGAGAGAGAGAGACAGAGAAACACAGAGAGAGAGAGUGAGAGACAGAAAGAGAGUGUGUGAGAGAGAGAGAGAAACAGGCAGGCAGAGACAGAGAGUGAGAGAGAGACAGAGAGAGAGAGAGAGACAGCGAGAGAGAGAGAGAGACAGCGAGGGAGAGGCGGAGGAGCACCCUGUGAAGGGCCGGUCGGAGUGAUAACACCGAGGGACCACGGCUGUCCUCACUGAACUCAGGGUCAUUCACUACCUUGUCAAGGAGUUCACAAACCGAGAGGAACAUACACAGACACACACCCAUGUGCUCGGCACUUUUAUCAGCAGCAAACAAUAGACUCAGUGUUUGCACCGAACUGUACCUGGUCUGCAGGAUCCUCGACAGACCGGAACUUUUCUUUCGGUUACUUUAUCCCCCACCCCCUCCUUUUACUUUGCUAAUUUCUAUGUAUAGGAACCAAAAACACAGACAGACAGACAUGCAAAAUAGCGAACUCAGCAAACGGUGAGGACACAUUGGCUCAUUUGAGUGAAUAAAAGA